UGUUCAGUUCAUGCUCAAAACCAAUCAAUAUCCAUAACAUCCACCUCUAGCCAGCCAUCUUUCUUGUACAUUACUCUCACUUUAAACUCAUGAGGACCAACGCUGAGAGCCUCUGGGUCUUUGCUGUAGCUUCUAAAUACAAAUCCUACACAUGCUUCAAUAUAUUCUUAGUCUCUGUUUUGGCUUCAGCUCUAGCUUGGUUUGUUAUGAACCUUAUUUACUGGGCUCACCCGGGUGGUCCAGCCUGGGGAAAACAUGAAUGGAUGAAAAAGAGAAAUAAAAGUAAAAAUAAUUCAAAUACUUUUUCUUCAGGGCCAGUGAUACCUGGUCCAAAAGGCUUUCCUAUCAUCGGAAGUAUGAGGUUAAUGACUGGUUUAGCCCACCGCAAGCUAGCUGCGGUAUCGAAAGCUUGUGGAGCGACCAGGCUCAUGGCCUUCAGUCUUGGUGAGACUAGAGUAAUUAUCACGUCUAAUCCAAGCGUAGCAAAAGAGAUUUUGAACAAUUGUGUGUUUGCUGAUCGGCCAGUGAAGGAAUCGGCUUAUAGUUUGAUGUUCAACAGAGCAAUUGGUUUUGCUCCGUACGGAGUUUACUGGACAACACUGAGGAGAAUAGCCGCGACACAUAUGUUCUGUCCUAAGCAAAUCAAAGCCUUUGAAGCUCAAAGGUUUGAUAUCGCUCAUCAGUUGGUUAAUAUGUUUAAAGUCCAGCGAGGAAAUGUUACGAAUAUUCGAGAGGGAUUGCGAAAAGCUUCUCUCAGCAACAUGAUGGGCUCUGUUUUUGGGCGAACGUAUGGACUUGAUUCAGAAGCAGAGGAGCUAAGGAAGCUUGUUGAUGAGGGUUAUGAUCUGUUGGGAAUGCUCAACUGGUCCGACCAUCUUCCUUGGUUGGCUGAAUUGGACCUGCAAGGUAUUCGGGCCAGAUGUACCAAUCUGGUACCUCAGGUCAAUCAGUAUGUCAGCCGGAUUAUAUCCAAACAUCAACACAACCCUGAUAAACUCAUGUCUGAUUUUGUUGAUGUUCUGCUUUCUUUACAAGGUCGUGAAAAUUUGUCCCACUCCGAUAUGGUUGCCGUGUUAUGGGAAAUGAUAUUUAGAGGGACUGAUACGGUUGCAGUGUUAAUGGAGUGGACGCUAGCACGAGUGGUGCUUCACAGAGACGUACAAUCAAGGCUUCACAAAGAACUCGACACUAUAGUUGGGCAGUCUCGUGCUGUAACGGAAGCUGACAUAUCUUCCCUGGUUUAUCUACCCGCCGUUCUGAAGGAGGUUCUCCGGCUCCACCCUCCUGGCCCACUUCUCUCGUGGGCCAGGCUAGCGGUCACCGACACCACCGUGGAUGGCCAUCAUGUUCCGGCAGGGACCACAGCCAUGGUAAACAUGUGGGCCAUCACAAGAGAUCCGAAUGUCUGGGAGGACCCACUCAGUUUCAAGCCUGAGAGGUUCUUGAAUGAGGCUCCUGAGGUGGAGUUCUCAGUGAUGGGGUCCGACUUGAGGCUGGCGCCAUUCGGAUCCGGGAGGCGGGCAUGUCCUGGAAAAGCACUUGGCUUGACCACGGUGACCUUUUGGGUGGCUUCGCUGUUGCACGAGUUCGAGUGGGGUUCGAGUUCGGAUUCGGGUGUUGAUUUGUCGGAGACAUUGAAGCUAUCGUGUGAGAUGGCGAAUCCGCUUGUUGCUAAGGUGAAAGCUAGGCGUGUACAUAAGAAGUAAAUACAUGUUCCAGAGACACAAGAAAAGGCCGGAGGAUUUUACUCUUGAUCUUUUCGUAAUGUCUUUUCUAGGCUUUGGUUUUUCUUUCUGCAAUUUUACAAUUUUAUAUGUACAUGCAGGUUAUAGUGUGUGUUGUGGUUUAUGAAUGAAAGUAUUCCCUGUCCAGUGUGAUAAAAAUUUGGCAAGUUA